GUCAUAUUGUCUGGAAUAUCCCCUUGAUCAUUUGUGGUCAGCUGUCCCUGCUGCAUCUCCUCACAGCUUCCCAUGCACUUCCAGUCCCUCUGCCAGUGUGGCAGUAUAAAAAGCAGAAAAGGCCUCACCUCUGUGUAAUCUGUAUUGAUUAUAAUCUCUGUAUUGUCAACCCUAUGUUCAGCACAAAUCUGAGACACAGCCCCAUACCAGCCACUGUGAAGAAAAUUAAAUCUGUCCCAGCCCAAACCAGCACACAUAGUAUAAUAGUUUUUCCAGCACUUGGAGACAAUAGUGGAAUAGGCAAAAAAAUAUAACGAACCCGUGAUGCAUUUGCAGCUACUAGUCCUUCAUGUCUUUAUUUUUCAUGUAUAAUUUAACACAAAACUUUUUAAUUUAUUUGCAGGUAAUUGUAACAGAUGUUUUUAAGCAGUUUAAUUUUCCACACGCUAUCUUGAGAAGAUUUGAAUUGCAUCUGUACCUUUGAGCUGAAGAUAUUACCAGUUUACUGAAAGGAUAAUACAGUAUCCAUAUUCAUUUAGCCCAUGCUUCCCUGAUGAUCCUGAAACUAAAUGUGGAUCACAGUGUUUGUCUGUCUUGAGAGACUCAUUGUUUUGACAGGUUGGUAUAGACACUAGGAAACUCAGUUCAUAUAGAUGAUGGAACAACUAUAGGCAUAACAGAGAAACAAGUUUGUUACUGUUGAACUACUCGUAAUUUUUUGAUCAAGAUUGUUAAUGAUGCCAUGUGCCCUUAUGAGAAGACAGAUUAGCCUGAAAGCGAAGACUUUCCUAAACAUGCUAAUGUUAAUUUAUUUGAAACCAUGAUUUUGGUGUGUAGCAAGGAGAAAUAAUGUGGAUAUGUUUUGUCUAGCAAUUUGUAAAAUUUUUAUACAUAGGAGUGGUACAUCAGUCAUAUUUUUAUCAUUUAGUCAUAGAACUUGGAUAUAGUUGGGGAUUUUUUCAGCAGUGUGAUUAGAAUUGACUGAAUUAAUCCUAUGUUUCUCGUACAGUUUAUCAGACCAUGUAAUAAUGUGCACUUCGCAUUGUUUGAGCCAAAAUCUCAAAGGGCAAGUUAUUUGAAAAAUUUCAGCAGUACGGUGAGAAGUUCCCUCUCUGUGUUCUUGUGUCUGUGUCCAUUUAUCUGGAAGACUGUAUAAGCACAAAAAAAAUCUGAUAAUCUUUAAAUGCUAAAUAUAGUGAGUGUCUGGAUUUAAAUAUUUAUUGUUUUGUGUGUGUGGUUUGUAUUUUUUGGUUUGGGUUUUUUCCCUGGGAUGUCAUAAUUUCUGAGAAAGAGGUUGGAAACCAAUAGUAUUGCUGCUUUUCUUUAUUCCUCUGCUGUGUAUGUGGAAAUGUAGCUUGCUUAUACAAUACCCUUAAUGGAAACUACGUGUGCUGGAGUAGGACAGGUAAUGACACUGAGUUGCUCUGUGGAAAUGGUAAGUAAUGUUCACCACUGACAUAAGGUUAAUAGUUGGUACUUUCUGCUGUUCUUUUUCUACUCUGGUUUGUUUAUUUCUUGAUUAAACAAUCGGCUUUGCAGUUUUUUGCAUUUAUUAUAUUACCGAUUUUGGAAAUCAGCUUGUUAAUCCAGUACAGAAAGGCAGAGGUUGUCUGGAUUCUGGGUUGCUUAAGAAACUGGGUUUUUUAGAUCUUCAUAAUCUCUGUUGAGGAUCUGAUAGUUGCUGUAAUCAUGCAGUCAGAAAGAUUUGUAUGAAAAUAUCUCCUAAACAGCACAGCUGAUGAAGUGUGCUGCUGCAGUACCGAAAUGUGGUGUGAGCAGUACAGCUUUUAUUCCUCUUUUUACCUUUUUUUUUUCAUUGCUAUAAUGCACUGUGAAAUUUAAUAUGAAACUUGGGAGCAUAGCAGCAAAGGAUACUGCCUGUGGAAGGAAUAAAUGCCAUCAGAUAUGUGAAACUCUUCUGAGAGAGAAAAAAGAAACAGAUCCAUUUCGAUGAAUUAGGUAAAUUGGGCUUUUUAUAUUUCCCAGCCAGUGCUGGUGGCUGUAGCUGAGCCUUUCAGGCUCUACUGGCUGCAAACAAUGGAGUUGCAGAUCUUUUUUUCUUUCUUUUUUCCCCCUUUUUAAAAAAAUGUGAAACUGAUGUUUGGCAUUUGUGAUAGUUUUGGCCCCUCCUACUGUGCCAAUUGAGACCACUCCCUACGUAACCAAAACAAAUCGUUCCCCAUGACUCUGAAGAUAAUUUACAUUUCAAUACAAGCUUUUAUGCACUGAACAUUUCAUACAGACAUUUCAUUUGAAAAAAGAAAGUAAUUUUUAAGAGACAGAUAAGAAUUACUCAAACAGCAUCUCGUUUUCAGAGCUCAGAAACACAGCAAAAUCUAGAGCUUGAAGCACCAGUGUGCUUUAACAUAAAAUAUGUGAAUAUAUAAUCUAUUUAUUGGUUUUUUAUUGAUUUCUGUUUUCCAGUAGAAAAUCCAAGACAUAGAGCAUUUAAAUUGCUGCUAAAAGUAUUUCAGAUUUAUGAUUUUAAAGCUUAUUAAUGUAAAUUCAUAUCAGAGUUCAGAUCUGUUCUUUGAGUAGGUUGUUGUAGUGUUGAGUAAAUUUUAGCACAGAACACAUUGGACUUAUAUGUGUUCAGGUUCUGUAUUUUUUAUUUCAACUGUGCCUUCUGUCAUGGCUUGGAUGACUUACAUUUCUCACUGGUUUGAUGAAGAUGAUUGGUAUGAAGGACAACGACGAGUAAGAAUUGUUUAAAUUAAAAUUUUCUCUUUUACUGCUUUUAUAUUUUUCUUCUUUAAGCUGCUGUUUAUUGUAUCGAUAGUAUCAAAAAAUAAUAUUUCCAUUGUGGUACUUGCAAGGGAUUUUUAGUAGUUUUAAUGAGGUCUUGAAUCCUGGGUAAAGCACAUCCAAAAUGAGAUUUUUGAAAAUUAAUGUUACUAACUGGAUAAAAGGUACUGGAAGUUUGAUGGCCACCUACUUGCAUUUUUAGGUUGCAUAAUUUAAUGAGUAAUUCUUUAAUAUGCAAUGAGAUGGAAAUCAAACAUUUAAUUUUAUUUUAUUAGAGGAAUUAAUAUAGCAUGCAUGGAGUAAACUAAAGUAGUUAUAAGCAGUAAUUGAGUAAAACAAAAAUAUUUAGGAGAUAUUAAAUGUGUCUAGUUGUACCUUGGAUAGCUGUACGUUUUUAUUAAGAUGUUUCUGAGGAGGGGGAGUUGUUACUAUAGCAGCAUUUGCAGGAUAUCUUUGAUUUUUUUUUUUAAUUUUUAUUAACUACAUACCUUAGGCAAGCUUAGUCUGCAGCUGCUUUCAUAGAUUUAUGGUAGGAAGUGAAUAUAAGUCUCAUUUAUUUCACUGUAUUAAGCUCCUUUAUGGAACCAUUAUUUCUGUGAUUUCUUUUUCUUGUUUCCAUACAAUAUCGUGAGCUAACAGAUUGGAAUGCAGGAGAUGCUACUGAAACAUAAGCAGCUGCUUUUAUUGUAUUAUUGUGUAUUACUUGAUAAUGCCAGUUAUAUGCUCGUAAGUAUAAAAAACCAGCAGAUUUUAAUACUGUUUUACUGUUCUCUUUUUAUAUGUCACUUGUGAUGUGAAUGUUUCAGAUGUGGAGUUACUUUUUAAUAGCUGUCAUCAGGGAUUCAGGUGUGAGAUGUGCCAAGGGUUAACUUUAUCUGACAUCAGAACUACCUUGGCAAUUUGUAUACAGAAAAGCAAUCUUCUGGUGAUUGGAGUAGUUCCAGAUUGGAAGAUAAGAACAAAAUCUUAUGGAAACUCUUAGAUGCUUCAUACUGUGAUCAGACAUGGUUGUAUAUAUCUCUUUGUAUUACACACAGUAUCUGCAAACUAGAUUUCUGAUACCAUAUGAUUAACCAAUGCUCUAUAGAUGAUGCUAGAUGUGUUUUGUAUUGAUUAGGUAUGUAGUUUAGCAUUGCUGAUGAUGUAUUGUUAGAACUGUUAGCAUUUCUGCAUGCUUUGUUUUGAACCCAAGUGUUGGUCUUUAGAUUAUUUUGUUAAAGUUGCACAAUAAAGGAUAUUCUAGUUAAAUGUACAAGUAGUGUAGUCAAGACAGUCAAAAACACUCCUCUGUAAGGCUUGUUCUAAGUUACGGUUUUUUAAUGUUGUUUACCUUAGAUUUUCUAAGCAGGGUAUCUAUCUUGGAGUAAUGUAUUUGGGUUUUAUUUCAAAUGUUUGAAACUUGAAAUCGCAGCCCAAGAUUGUGUUUCACAAAAACAAACUUCAGAGAAAGGUCCACAGCUACUUCCCUUGUGAAGCCAAGAGAUCCUGUGGUUAAAGAAAUUCUGGUAGUGAUUUGGGUCCAAGUUUAUUGUGGAGGUUUAAAAUGGCUGUGAACACUAGUAGAACACUUGUUCAUUUAAAAUGAGCUUUUAAAUCAAAGUAUUCUUCUCCUAGUCAUUGUCUGGAUAACGGAAUGCACUCAUUUUGAACACUUGCUAGGUUACCAUAGGCUAGGAAAUGUCAUCCGCAAUUCUGGUUGCAAGAGUCUAGCCAAGGCUUCUGGUGUUUUUGAAGAAUCUUGUUGAAGUUCAAAGCUUUGUCCAAGGCACCCUCUUCCUGCCUCUGGUUAAUCUUCUGAUUCUCUGGGAGCUGUAGGUGGCCUGUGUGCCAUGAAUUGUAUACAAAAGUGGAAAAAACUUUCCCAGUUUUUGCAGAGAAGUGUACAUAUUGUCUGUACUGCUUAAGGGCAAACUAGCAACCAAUCUGGUGCUUUAGCAAGUAGUAGACUACCUUGGUUAAAUUGUGCUGGAGAGUAUGUCAGGCUGCAUUUCUGUGUCUAGCAGUACAUGUGUAAACCUAUAUAAUUAUUCUACAUUGUUUUACAUUGUGACUGUCAUUAUUAAUAUAGUCAGACUUAGCUCAUCUUUUGCCCAGAAGCAGUUUCUUGAAGUAGUGUGUAUCAUCUCAAUCAGACUGUGUAGAGACCUACACUAGUAACUGCAGUUGGGUAGAUCACAUCAAGAACUGAAAAUUCAUUAGCAUAUUGCAGCAUUCCAAAGUAGGAAGAAUUUUUUUUAUUUUGUCAAAAUUUUCACGGUCUAAGUUUUCUAUUGGCUUUUAAGCUUCUUAUAUGCCAAAAUAUUUCCAGUUCUCCAUUAUUUCAUGGGUCUGGACAAAUUAUGAGAAUUUAAUUUCUUAACAUGGCUGUAAUGUGCUUGGUGGAAGAAUUAUUUAUGUUUAAUUAUGAAUAUGUUAUUAAUGAAUUAAUUAUGUUUAUGUUAUUACGUGAGAAUCAAUGCUAUUGAGGCAGGCAUUGUCAGGCAGAAGUUGUUUACUGCUGUAUCUUGCAGACAUGCCAAGAUUUCUUGGUAGCCUUGAAGAACUUCAUGCUUUUAGCAAACUUAAAUGAUUUUGCUUCAAACUGGUCCCAUUUGAUAUGGUAGUGGUUUGAAACUGUGGUUCCUAGGUCACAUUUUCAUCCUCAAUGGAUUUUCCCUCAAAGAUGGGUAAAUAUACCCAAUAUCUUAGGGAGACAUCACUUCGGUAUCACUAAAGAUCUUUUUGAUUAUUACAUUAUUGUUGACAUGCUGACAAAAAUAUUAUUACAUGAGGACAGUAGUUACAGGAGCAUCAGCAUGCUUUCCACAUAAGAAAAGAUACAAACUUAAUGGGAAGAUAGUGACAAUAGAAUGAACAGAAGCAGAGGACACUGGCACUUCACUGUAUAUAGCUGUUAAGAAACUAAGGGUUUGUAUACACAGAAGCAUAUUGAUUAAUAUAAGGCUAUUCUAUAUCCACAUUUGUAUGCGUGCCUUACUGCAUGAGGACUCAUUUGGACAGGUUAUACACCACAUGGACCAUAAUCAAAGCACAUGUAAGCAUCUGUUAUUGGUUUUGCUUGAUGGUUAUAAAGUUACGGAUGCUUAAAACAUGCAAGCACAUGUAUUGAUAAUGGAAGAGUGUUAAGUGAUGGGUUUAAAGAGCUGUUAUUAUUCUACAAGUGUCAUUGUAGUACAGUUGGGAAAUACAACAAGCAAUGAAAUGCACUGAGUAGCUGAAGCAGAGAAGCAGGAGUUAGGUUAAAAUUAAAAUGGUGCCUUUUAAAGAGCUGCAGUUGCCAGGCUACUGACAGUGCCGUUUUGUGUGUGGUGCGACACAAUGCUCAGUCUUUUCUCCUGUAUCCUGUAGUAACUGCAUUAUUCUGUGAACGUCAAGGUUUAGUUCCUUCAUCUGUCAAGUAAAGUGAUUUCAUUCUACAACCAGAAUAAUAUUUUCCAUUUUUGGGAGCAACAAGGUAUUGGAAUGAACAUGGAAAUGCUAAAGUGGUUUACAAAAAAUGACACCUAUGCUAAGGCAAAAAUGUCACAGGUUAAACAAGUGGGACUUUUAGCUGCUGGAUGUCAGCCAUGGAACAAGGAUAUAUGUGCUGCUAGUGGGGACAGAUUUGCCUACUGUGCUACCCUUGCUAUUUAUAUUUAUCAGCUGGAUCACCGAUACAAUGAGUUCAAACUCCAUGCAAUUAUGUCUGAGCAUAAGAAGACAAUCACAGCCAUAUCCUGGUGUCCCCACAACCCUGAUGUGUUUGCAAGUGCCAGUGCGGAUAGUUUAGUGAUUAUUUGGAAUGUGAAUGAACAGAAAGUUGUGGCCAAGCUGGACAAUACAAAAGGAAUUCCUUCAUCACUUAGCUGGUGUUGGAAUGCAGGUGAUGCAGUUGCAUUUGUGUCCCAUAGAGGGCCGUUGUACAUUUGGACUAUCUCAGGACCUGACAGCGGGGUAACUGUACAUAGAGAAGCACAUAGUUUCUUGUCGGAUAUCAGUCUGUUUAGAUGGCAUCCAAAGAAAAAAGGAAAAGUGGUGUUUGGACAUACUGAUGGAAGCCUAUCUAUUUUUCAGCCAGGUUCUAAAAAUCAGAAACAUGUCUUAAGACCAGAGUCUCUUGAAGGAACAGAUGAAGAGGAUCCUGUUACAGCACUGGAGUGGGACCCUUUGUCAACUGACUACCUUCUUGUUGCUAAUUUACAUAAUGGUAUUCGACUAGUUGAUUCUGAAUCUCUGUCCUGUAUCACAACUUUUAGUUUUCCCAGUGCAGCAGCAUCUGUUCAGUGUUUAGCAUGGGUUUCCAGUGCACCUGGAAUGUUUAUAACUGGAGAUUCUCAGGUUGGUGUGUUACGUGUUUGGAAUGUUUCACGUACAACACCUAUAGAUAAUUUUAAAUUGAAGCAAACGGGUUUCCAUGGUUUGCAUGUGCUAAGUUCUCCUCCAAAGAAAAAGCCACGUUCAUCACAGUAUCCUACUAAAAAUCAUCAUACAUCUUCAACAAGUGAGGCUGUUCCUCCUCCAACUUUAACCCAAAACCAAGCAUUUUCUCUUCCUCCUGGUCACACCGUCUGUUGUUUUAUGGAUGGUGGAGUGGGGCUUUACGACAUGGGAGCCAAAAAGUGGGAUUUCCUUAGAGAUUUGGGACAUGUUGAGACCAUCUUUGAUUGCAAAUUCAAACCUGAUAACCCUGAUCUUCUUGCUACAGCUUCAUUUGAUGGCACAAUAAAAGUUUGGGACAUUAAUACUUUAUCAGCGGUUUAUACAUCUCCUGGUAAUGAGGGGGUUAUUUAUUCCAUUUCUUGGGCUCCAGGAGAUCUGAACUGCAUAGCAGGGGCAACAUCCAGAAAUGGUGCCUUCAUCUGGGAUGUUCGAAAAGGCAAAAUGAUAACCAGAUUCAGUGAGCAUGGAAAGAAUGGAAUCUUCUGCAUUGCCUGGAGUCAUAAAGAUUCCAAAAGAAUAGCAACCUGCAGCAGUGAUGGAUUUUGUAUUAUUCGAACCAUUGAUGGCAAUGUUCUUCACAAGUAUAAACAUCCAGCUGCAGUGUUCGGCUGUGACUGGAGUCAAAACAACAAAGAUAUGAUAGCUACUGGUUGUGAGGAUAAAAAUGUUCGUGUUUACUACUUGGCAACCAGCUCUGAUCAGCCACUGAAAAUUUUUACAGGGCAUACUGCAAAGGUGUUUCAUGUACGGUGGUCUCCUCUGAGAGAAGGAAUCCUCUGCAGUGGCUCUGAUGAUGGUACUGUUCGAAUAUGGGAUUAUACACAGGACGCUUGUAUUAAUGUUCUUAGUGGACACACAGCUCCAGUACGGGGGCUGAUGUGGAAUCCUGAAAUUCCUUACCUUCUAAUAUCUGGCAGUUGGGACUAUACAAUUCGAGUCUGGGACACAAGAGAUGGAACGUGUUUGGACACAGUUUAUGAUCAUGGUGCAGAUGUAUAUGGAUUAACAUGUCAUCCUAGUCGUCCAUUUACUAUGGCAUCCUGCUCUCGUGAUUCCACUGUGAGACUCUGGUCAUUGACACCUCUUAUAAACCCUCUACCAAUAAAUAUCUUAGCAGAUAGAUGUUGGGAUGAUAUUAUCGGCAAUACAGAUCGUGCUGUGGAAUCUGGUGCUCCUCCUUUGCUGUGUGGUAAAGUUUCCAGGGAUAUUAAACAGGAAUUGGAAAAAUUGUCAGGAAAUCCUCGAGGAAAAAAACUAAGGUGGUUUUCAGAAUGUUUUUCACCUCCUGGAGGCAGCAAAAAUUUAUGGGAUUUGGUUGCUGUAAUAAAAGGACAGGAUGACAGUUUGCUUCCACAAAACUACUGCAAAGGAAUUAUGCAUAUGAAACAUCUCAUUAGAUUUAGGAUGUCCAGGGCACAAGAGCUGACAACAGUAAAGAUGUCUAAGUUUGGAGGCGGUAUUGGUGCACCAAGCAAAGAGGAAAGGCUCAAAGAAGCUGCAGAAAUACAUUUAAGAUUAGGACAAAUUCAGCGAUAUUGUGAACUAAUGGUAGAACUUGGAGAGUGGGACAAAGCUCUCUCAGUUGCGCCUGGUGUAUCAAUGAAAUAUUGGAGGAAGUUAAUGCAAAGGAGAGCUGAUCAGUUAAUUCAGGAAGAAAAUGAUGAUGUCAUCCCAUACUGUAUAGCUACUGGAGAUGUGAAGAAACUAGUUUCUUUCUUUACUUCGAGAGGUCAGCUUAAAGAGGCGCUUCUUGUUGCACAGGCAGCUUGUGAAGGAAAUAUACAGAUGUUACCACUCUCCACAGCAAGUGGAUCUUCAAAUUCUGGUGGAAGCAAUACAGAUGAUUAUAAUGAGCUCCUGCACAAGGUCAGUAAAGAACUGGCAGAUUGGUAUUUUCAGGAUGGCCAUGCAGUGCUUGCAGCAUGUUGUCAUCUGGCUGUUGAAAAUAUAGAGCUUGCGAUGGCAAACCUGAUUCGUGGAAAUGAACUGGAGCUGGCAGUCAGUGUGGGUACUGUCUUAGGAGAAAGUGCAGCACAAGCAACACAUUAUGCCCUAGAAUUGCUAGCAAGAAAGUGUAUGGCAGUAGCAACAUGCUUUCCAUCACUUGGAUACAGGGAUUUAGCAGCUGAUCUUCUUAGGAUGAUUCCUGAUAACAAACUGCAGUUAGUAAAACUAUGUGCUUUUUAUCCUGGAUGCAUAGCAGAAAUAAAUGACCUGCAUGAAAAGUGCAAUCUUCCUGAUGCAGAAGAAUGUAUGCGGUUGGCAGAGACAAUUCAGGCAGACGGAGAUAUAUUUGAAACGAUAAAGUACUAUCUGUUAAGCACAGAACCUGACAGGGCUCUCCCUGUUGGCAUUCAGUAUGUGAAAGAACAACUUUGUGGCUCAGAUUGGACUUUGGAUUCAGUCUUUCCAUAUCUUGAUCUUCUAAGUUACAUACGCACUGAACAAUUAAUGUUACAUCAUUGUAGUGAAUUUCGGAAUGAGUUGCUGAUUUUGUGUGGUUAUAUUGGUGCUUUACUUGCUAUCAGAAGACAGUACAAUAGCAUUGUACCUGCACUGUAUGAGUAUACAAGUCAGCUUUUAAAAAGACGAGAAGUAUCCGUACCUUUGAAAAUUGAACAGCUUUCUGAGGAAUUAGAUGCAUGGAGAGCUUGCACACAAUUAAACAAGUCUAGCGAUGAACUGCCAUGCACCCCACCAUCUGAAUCACAGAGAGCGGUGUAUUCAGUGCUCGUAUCACGAAUUCAGGAGGAGCCUCUGAAAGGAAUGGUUGGGCCAGACUGUGUCACUGGAUCAAAUCUUCCUAGUCAUUCAGAUGUUCAUAUCUCUUGUUUGACAGGGCUAAAGAUACAGGGUCCAGUGUUCUUCCUUGAAGAUGGAAAAUCUGCUAUUUCACUGAAUGAUGCUUUGAUGUGGGCCAAAGUCAAUCCUUUUUCACCACUAGGAACAGGAAUACGACUUAACCCAUUUUGAUGAGGUGUUUCCUCGUACUUUAUAGUGCUUAAAAUAACACUCUGGGGGUUAAUACUGAUUUAACCUUGAUCAAAGGACAGAAAGUGGUAGUUGAUUCCUCUUGAAGGGCAAGUACUUGAACUUUGAAAAUUGUAAAGUGAGAGCAAGAAAAGAAUUUCUAUACAAAUGUUUGUUGAAAAUCCAAAGAAAAAAGUUAUUUGAUAAUCCAAAGAAAAAGUCCUAACUUCAUAUACAGCCAUGUCUUUUUUUUUUUCAGUAAGAACGGUGUUGUCAGACAAUACAGACAUAUUUUAGUCAACUCUGUGUGAAUAGAUGCCUUGUAAAGGGAGUAAGCAGCUAUCUGCACAUUAUCAAAAUAUUGAUAAAAACUGUGAAAUCCAUAAACACACUUCCAAAUACAUAAUAAUAGAAUCACUUUAUUGAUACCUACUGCAACCUGUUUUUAGAAGGACUGGAAUACUGUGGCUCUUUCACACAUUGUGUCCCCCUUUUUAAUUUUAACUAAUUUUUACACACAGGGUUCUAUAGUAAAAGUAAAAUUUAAAGAGUAGAUUAUUUUUUUCAUCCAUUUGUUAUUGUGCUUAUCAGCAGUACAAAUAGCAGUUUACUUAUGUUUUGUUUAGAGAGUUUCGAAUAUUUACAUUACAAAAUUCUAUUUUCUAAUAGGAUCAUUUUUGGCAACUAUCCCCCUUAUAUUUUCACUGGAAGCUAAAAUGUAUUUAUAAAACUGGUUUUUUUUAACAAAGGGUUUGUAAGGAACAAACAGCAAAUUUAUUGCAAUUAUUUAACUGUGAUAUAUAUAUAUUUAAAAUAUUUGUUUUCUUUUUACAUUUUGUAUUAGUUAUAAACAUGCAUAUAGUAUGACAAACCAGAAGUAAAUACCUGUGCAUAUAUAUUUUUAUUUACUAAAUCUGUGCUCAAAUGGGAAAAACUAGUUAUGGCAAUAGAACACUAAGAAUAUUUAAACUUUAAAGCUGUGUAUAGUAUGGAAUUUAAUGAUAAGGAAAAUAUUAUACUUAUUUAUUAUUAAUAACUCUUAUAAUCAGAAUUACCUGUAGAAAAGAUACCUUGGUUACAAUAUUCUUUAUUAGUUUAAUUGCUGGCACUUAAGCAGAAAUCUGCUUUAUCUGAUGUUACAUUUUUUGCUGCUGCUUUAAAAUAAAUUUUAAAAUUUAUUUAAAAUCCUGGUAAUUACAUGAAAUAUAAAGAAAUUGGAAUUAAAAAUUGGCAGAAUUAUUUCAAUAGAAACUGUUGUAAAACUGGUAAUAAUAGCAGGUCUCUAUUUAUCAGACCCUGUAGACAAUUCUCAAUACAGAGGUAAGCCAUGCCCUCAUAUAACUAGAAAUAACAAUGCCACCAUGCUGGAAAGGGGGGAUGGAGACUAGAAAUAAAAAAAUACAAGGUUGUUUUUCCUUCUCUUUAAAAAGGUAAAAUUUCAUUCUGGCAAUGUUCUAGAGUAUUAUUACAGGGUUUCUGGUGUAAGAAUAAAUUGGAGGGGGGGAGGCAAAAACCUAAAAACCCCCAUUUUGUAGCCUAAAAACCCCCAUUUUUGUAUGUACUUGGAUGCUGGAACAGAAUGUUUUACUAUCUGCAGGUGUUCUUUGGAAAAUGAUUUUCCUUUUUUUAACUCUGUGGAGCUUGGCAAAGAAGAAUUGGGUUUCAGAAGUCGAAAUUUGUAGUUUUUGAAAUAAUUUUCCAUCAGUCAGUAUCUGAUAUCUGCUUCUGUCAAAUGAAAGACUUGCUGUCUUUUAGCACAUAAAUUGUAUAACCUGAUAUAUAAAAGUCGUUAAUGCAGAGGUGCAGAGCAAUGGUAAGAACAUGCAGCCCCAUGACUGGUGACUGGAAUCUAAAGGAUUGACUCAACUGCCAUUCUACUGUAUUUAAAAUCUUUUGCUGUACCAUAAGGACUUUUACCAAUAUUUCACAGUUUAAAUAACUUAAAAUGUGUAGUAUAACUACAUCAAUGUGUUGCACAUAAAUUGUGCCUUAACAUGGAAUCUUGGGCAAAUCUACUCUCUCUUUAGAAUGUGAGGGUUAGGAAUUCUUUCAUUGCUAAAAUAUAAAAAUUAAGUCAGAGGGCGUUUUUUUUAUAUUUGGGGUAAAUCAGGAAACAGUCAUUGUGAAUAACAUGAGGUUGCAUUUUCCUUGUAGUUGUUUGUACCCCAUGUGUUGAGUGAGGGGAAUAUGCAGAAAAGGUUGUAAUUGUGUCUACUGCUACAGCUGUGGUUGCAACUGUGAAACUAUGAAUUCAUCAUUUUCAUAAUUAAUUUCAGAUUGUUUGCUAAUAUGUGACUUCAUUGUCUGGCACAGCAAGUCAAAUACAGAUAUUUCUCCCUUAAUAUUAAAGAAUACUUUGUCUUCAAA